CCACUGAUGUUUGAGUGAACACGUGGAGUCACAAUACAACCUAAUAACAUUCUCCUCGUCAGGUGAUACUCGUGCCAAAUAGUGUGCCAAAUAGUGUGAGUGCAGCAUGGAAGUAUACAUAAUAGUUGGAAUGGCUGUAUUGAUCUACACGUUCGUCACGUUACUCUUAAAUAGUGAGUGCUGGAAUCCCGAGCACCAGAAGUGUCAGUGUGAGGAGUGCAAGAGCCUCUGCAGUGUCAACCGUACCAUUACUCCCUCGGUCAUGUCCGUAUCGUCGCGUAUUGACGUUAUCACACGUCCGUAAACAUUCCCUCGUUAUGCUGAUGACCUGGUACUUUGAACAUAGUUACAAAACAUGAAUUAGGAUAAUUUUAACCAUAUUAAGCUAACUUUACAGUUCCGUGACGUUACAUGAAAUACCAUCGAAGUGAAUUUUGUGAAUAAGUGAUUAGUGAGUGAAGCCGGUGCAAUGGUGUGUUAGCUUAGCGGGCAUGGACCCGCUGGCGAGGCUGAUGGAAGGCGCUCCGCUGCCGGGCGUGCUCGGGGCGACCAGGGACGCCCGCCCGCGCGGCGCGCUGGUUCACGCGAGCCUCGCCGCCGCACCCGCUAUAGGCGAUAAGAAGGGACGCCACCUGACAGGCACCUUCUGCCUCACAGGAGAUACCAUGGAGGGCAUCAUACAAUGCCUCGUGUUCCUCAAAGCAUUCUCGCUCGUGGGCGGCGAGUUCGACAUGGAGCUGAAUUUCGUGAUACAGGACGCGCAGAAUAUUCAGCACAUGUUGGAACUGCUCGACCACUGCCCACCAAGCUUACAGGCGGAAAUAUGGUCAGUGUUCAUCGCAAUAUUGCGCAAGAGUGUGCGUAACCUUCAAGCCUGUACAGACGUUGGCCUCAUACACCAUGUGCUGCAGAGGCUACCGCGCGCUGAGACAGUCGUCGCUGGUAAGUAAAGUCCUAUGCCGUAGUUAUAUGACCCUGGUAUACGUGUGAGCAAUUUCUCCACGGGAUUCCUCGUAAGGGAUCACCUAAUAAUAAACAUGGCACCGCCCCAUACUAAAUGAUUUUAACCCUCCGUUUAUUUUAAAGUUAUUCUAAACAAUUUACUGCUAAGGACUUUAAGCUUUAUUCUCAUACUCCUUUAGUAUAAAAUCGAGUUCUUUGGCAGAACAUGCACCUGUUCGACAGAAAGAGGCGAAAAACUGUUGCGUGUGUUUUUUAUUUAGUUGGAGAACUCCUCUUUUUACUUUAUGUUACCCUGGUAUUUGAAGAAAAUACAAGAAUAAGAAUAGUCCUUUCUUAAGUAACUACUUGAACAUGUUUAAGAAAGUACUUCGCUUGCUUUAAUUAUACUAAGAAAAGUAAACAAAUAAAUGCAGGAAGUUGUUAACAACAAUUUGUGAAUUACUGAAUCUUUUAGAAAGUAUAAUUUACUUUGACGUGUUGACGUUUUAAAGGAGAAGACGACACGUCACACGACUCAGCGAAGUGAAAAAUCAGAAAUAAUUUGAUCUGACUUAUUUUUUCCUUAUGAAUUUUCCCCCUUGUGUAAAAAUCUCGUUAUUCUCAACAAUAUCCGUUAUGGUAAACUCUUGAACGAGUAGCGUCGCAUAAUAUUAUACCCUCAUGCGUAGUUAAAGUGUUUCACGGAUAUGUUGUAAGUAUGCUCAUGUGCGCCUCUUAUUUGUAUUGUUAAAUCGUUUUAUUUUUUGAUUCAAUUUGCUUCUUAUUUCGGUACACCUAAUUUAGCUAAUUUCGUCGGUGUGGAUGCAAGUACUAUAUUUAUUGAACAAACCCGUUUUGUAAUUAACGAAUCCCUGGAGGCCUCAAGCGUAGGUCACAGCGUUUAGUUGAAAACACGUAAAAGAGCUACGUCUUUUCCACGUACGCCAUGCAGUGCAUGACACCCAUUGUGUUCUAUGUUCACCUGGUACCUCUCUCCCUUCAUUUCGCUCGUUCUUUAUUUUGCACGUUACCUUUGUAUGGAAACGGGGUCAAUGUGUCCCCGAGCAUGAGAUGAGUGUGUAUUGGGACGCUGCAUGUGUGUGCAUUUGCACGUCCAAUGGUGAUACCAUUAAAUAAAAUUAGACCAUGGUCAUUCAUUCCAUUCGUUCUGUUUAUUACGCAGAAAGAGAUAUUGCAGGUACUUACUUCACUUACGAUUUCG